ACGAAGAUUCGCACCACAACACUGAAACCACAUGUUGAUGUAAAGAAAAUUUGUUCAAUUAAUAGUUAAACUUUGACAGUGCAUUAUGUCUGACGAUUUGGACACAGGGAUCAGUUUAAACAUAAAUGUGUCGCGCAAAGGAACACAGUUCGGUGCAAAAACGCGUAUAAGUGGAAACCGGGGUCAAAGAAUCAAAGCUAGAAGAUCUUUGAAACAGUUGAAGACAAAGAACAAUGAGGCUGGACUGACACUUACAGAAGAGCAUGUCUCACAUGAAAACUAUCAUGGCAAGGUUGUUGAUGAGGAAAAUAAAAGUGAGAAGGCUAUCAGCGGUGAUACAGGUCAGAGACCAGACAAACAGAAGAAGUCCGGACCUGUCAUAUCAUCCUUAUUUUCACAUAAUCCAGAUGUGCCGGAACUACAUAGUGAUCAUGUCGUCCAGGUUCGAGAAUAUUUAUUUUCAUCAGACAGUUUUCAGGAAACACCUUUGCACCCAUAUAUGAAAAGUAAUUUAGAGAAGUUAGGGUUUUCAAAGAUGACAGCUGUUCAGCACCAGGCUAUACCACUGCUUGUUGCUGGCAGGGAUGUACUCGUUCAAUCACAGACUGGUUCAGGUAAAACAAUGUCCUAUGCGAUACCCAUUAUAGAGGAUUUAUGUAAGAUGACGCCCAAAAUUCAAAGAUGUAAUGGUUGCAUAGCCGUUGUCAUUGUGCCAACCAGAGAGUUAGCUAUACAGAGCUAUGAGGUUUUUCUCAAGUUACUGAAGCCAUUCACAUGGUUGGUACCUGGCUGCAUCAUGGGUGGGGAGAAAAGAAAAGCAGAAAAGGCUAGAUUACGUAAAGGGAUAAAUAUUUUGGUGGCAACACCUGGGAGAUUAAUUGACCACAUUGAGAAUACAAAGAAUCUGCUACUAGACAGGAUUAAAUGGUUGGUGCUGGAUGAAGCCGACAGGUUGUUAGAUCUGGGGUUUGAACAGAAAGUUUCAAAUAUAAUACAAGCAAUAAAUAAACAGAACAUGAACAGACAAACAGUACUACUAUCAGCAACAUUAUCACAUGGUGUUGAAAAGUUGGCUGGUAUUUCACUGAAUGACCCAGAAAGAGUAUCUGUCACAGAAAACAGAUCUUCUAGUAAAUUGUACGUGAAGUCUGAGAUAGACGACGGCACGAAGAAACACACAACAUUAAAAGACGCAUCUAAACGUGAAGAAAAAAAUGAAGAAAAGUUUGCCUUGCCGGACAGUUUAAAACAAUAUUUUGUAGUGACACCGUGUAAACUUAGACUUGUUGUUUUACUGAUAUUAAUCCUUACAAAGUGCAAGAGAGAACUACACAAGAAGAUGAUUGUGUUUACAUCAACACAAGAUGGUGUUGAGUUUCUAUACAGACUGGUUCAAUACUUGAGUAAAUGUGAGAGUAAUGAUAGUGAUGUGGAAGAUGAGGAACCAGUAACCAGUCUAGAUGUUUACCGUCUGCAUGGUCACAUGGCCCAGAAGGAUCGGACGACAGCCUUUCAAGAAUUCUGCAGUGCCAAGUCAGGUUUAUUAUUGUGUACAGAUGUAGCAGCAAGAGGUUUACACUUACCUUUUGUAGAAUGGGUUAUACAGUACACAUGUCCGUCUGCUGUCACAGAUUAUGUUCACAGGGUUGGUAGAACGGCGAGAGUUGGGACGUCUGGAAGCAGUAUCAUAUUUAUUUUACCCUCAGAAAUACAAUUUAUAAAACAUCUUAAUGAGCACCAUAUAAGUUUAGAAGAAUUAAAGUUGGGUAAGGUACUAGAAGAUGUCAGCAAGUUAAUUCCUUCUCUACCAGGUGUAGAAGAUACAGAGAGGCAGCCUCCAAAAACUAUAGAGGAAUCAGCUACAUAUUUACAGAAUUGUUGUGAGCUGUAUGUGAAGAAUGGGACAGAUAUGGCCAGUCUUGCUAAAAGAGCCUACCAGUCAACUAUACGAGCGUAUGCGACAUAUCCGCAUCAGCUGAAGUCAAUAUUCCAGAUCAGAAAUCUUCAUCUUGGACAUGUUGCGAAGACAUUUGGUCUACGAGAAGCUCCGUCAGAUAUUGGUCACGUUAGUGGUGUGACGCUUCAGAAAGGAAAACGUAAAAAUUUCGAACCAGAAAAAAGAUUUAAAACAAAGAAGCAGAAGUUGGAUGUCUCAGAAUACAGAAGUCCCCUUGUUUUAAAAUCAAAGCUAAAGGUUAAAGGUCAGGCAAAGAAACAUUUGAAAAGGAAGAAAAAACAGUGAAAAUAUGGGUGCUUUGUUACUGAUUUGACAAAUUGUUGUUAAACUUUUAAUGAAAUAAAAAGGAAUUAUUGCA